CCAAUGUGAAAUCAUAACAUGUCCGACUGCAUCAUUUUCUCCAUGAAGUCUGGACUAGCGUAGUUACUGCCUAGGCUCCGUACCAAUGUAACACGACUCUUAUCAGCUUGUGUGCGAGAGAUCGUGAUGGUACUUAUUCCCAGAGAUAGUGUGAGGGCCUAUAUGUAUUAAAUGAAGGUUAAUAUGCCUUUGAACGUGGGGUCGGCCAUUUUUAAAUCCCUGGUUCGUCCUUCAACGCACGUGGUUUAUUUUUUCAUUGGCGAAUCAUAGACGUCCCGCACAUUUUCGUUCUUUCCUGCUCCAAAAUGACUUCGAAGUGCAUCGUAUGAUGGCUUGAUGGCCACGACAUGACUUUAUUCAGGAACCUGGGGGCUGUCGGGUGCAACAUAUUUAGCGUAAACAUUCUGUGAUAGAACAAUGCUGAGUAGUGAGGAAGCGGACCUUAGUAAUUCAGAAGCAGAAGGAUCAGCUGAUGAGAAUGUCCAGACUGCAGGACCUCAGUUAUACCCUGGUGGACCUCAGCUUGAGCCCCUCAAGAUUGAUGUCAAAUAUGAAGGCCUUCCUCCUGAUAUUGUUUUGGCCCUCCGUCAAGUGAAGCAGGCAGCUAAGACAUCUUUAUUUCACUGGAAGAGCUUCCCCAUUCAAGUGCCUGAACCCAUCAGUCGCAGUCAAAGUGAGGGCCCAAGAUCGUCCCAAUCCAUCAACCCAAAUGAAUUGUUUGUGGAGCCAUCCUUUGAAGAACUUGACAGAAUAGCCCUUGACUCUCAGGGUCAGCUUAAGAAACUGACUCCUUCUCAAAUCGAAUGUAUCAGACAGGAAGGUGAAUUUGAGGUGGAGAGCGUGAAUUUCCCUGGGCAAGUGCAUCGUUGGAGGCUGUGCUCACUUCUUCAGAAGGGCAAAGGGAAGACAGAAGAAUCUCUCCAGGAAGGCCUGGCACUCUCUCUCUGUCUAAUUAUUAUCUCAGCUAAGAACAGAUUUGUAUCCGACAACUUCAGUGUUCGGGCUGGGAUCAGGUCACUCAAAGAAGGUUUAUGUCAGCUUCUUGAUGCAUUGAUUGGAUUGCCAUCACUUGGUUCAAAGGGAAUAAUGGAAAGACUGCAAGAGGAGCGAGCAAAGUAUCUAGUAGUUGAAUUGCUGUGCCAGUCAUCAGAUGAGUGCGACUUGGAUGGUCUAUGCCACUUUAUCAAGGAUCAAGUAGUACGUCGAGAGAAGGAAUUGGAAGGGAAGGUGAAUGAUGAUGUGGAUAUGAUCCCUCCCUGCCCACCUAUACCCCUUGUGUUCCGUACUCCCAAGGGCAGUGAUGUAGAUCUUCGACUUUUUGACCGGCAGCUGAUGAGGAGGUUAUCACAGAUUCUGGUCGGGAUUUUGGAACGGGAAACAAAGGGCUGGUUUCUUCACUUCAAAGAACAGCACUUGGCUAAAUUCAAAGAUCAACUCCUCUCAGAUGCUGAUAUUGAAAAGGAAACAAAUCUAGCUGUGAUGGAUGAAUAUUUACGGAGAGUGUUUCGUAGCAUAUUGGAGAACCCUGAUAUUGCAGCCCCUGGGGAGGGCUUGGGGAAGCUAUUAGUAGAGCAAGCCAAGUCUGUCAUUCUCAUGGGAAGAGCAAUGGACAAUGUACAUGAAAUGUGGAACCGGACAUGGUUGGAAAAGGAGAAACGUCUGAAGAUUAACCAUCCUAUUCUCUCAAAGAUUCCAGCUUGGAUGGAAGAGAGGCUUCUGCAGGCAGAGGCUGAAUUUGUGGCCCAACAUCAGUGGAGUGCUCAUGAGGAGGCUUUGUCUCUGUGCCGGGACCACAAUCUCAACCAGACUCUGUACUUUCUGUCCCGAGAUCUCAUUUUCAUGAAAGAGAGGGAGCCAGUGCUGAUGAAAGAGUUGCAGUGUCUCCAAGAACCCACUCGGACAUAUCGGUGGUAUUCACACAUAUGGGAUCCAAAGAAGUGGGUUAUCCAUUGUCUUUACCAGGGGCAGUGUGAGGUCAUACCCACUGUGGUCUCUAAUCAGACUGCACCCAUGACACGUCCUCGUUCAGCACUUCGAGAGCCAACAUACUUCCUGGAAAAAUUCCGGACAAGGACCACUUCAUCACGUUGGCUCUUUUGGAGGUGGCUCAACUUCAUCCAUUGCUUCUAUUCUUGGACCAACAAUGCCUUUUAUUUCUUUGGGUAUGUGAUUCCAUGGACAAGUCCUAUCAGCCUUCAAGCACUCAUCUCAGCAGAGCCCUUCAUGGCUGAUUAUGAAUUGUCCCAGGCAAGUUCUUCCUUGAAAAUGGUGAAUGGAUCACUAUGCCCUCAGCCAUCUUCAACCCGCCAGACCUUGCAGUCCCAGCUUCGACUGCUAUGGAAACAUGUUUCUCAUGAGAGAACCUCAUUCAAAAGCAAACCAAGCAUGGCUUUUCUUGGCAAUGAAAUAUCCCGCCAUGCCAAUUGGUCCUGGAACUAUGUAUUGAAGGGUGGACUGGGCUCUUUGUUCCUCUGCAUUUUCUUCCCACUUACCUGCCUGCUUGUCUGCUGUGCAAGCCUCCUCCUUACCAUUGCUGCACCUAUCUGGAUGCUGGUUCUUGUGCUGGGCUUCCACUUAUUCAAGAUCCUUAUUUAUGAUCUGGACUCACCUGAGCUCACGGAAUUCAGCAUACAGUGUCAAUACUUCUCUCCCAUCAUCCUGGCUGUUGUCUGGAAAAUUGUUAUACUUGGAAUCAUCCAACCCAUAAUUGCAUUUCUAUUGGGAGCCAUUGUUUGUCCCAUCUUAGCUGCAUUUGUCCUCUUGGCUGGGUUUCUUCAAUAUUAUGCACGUCUUGCAUGGGACUGGAUCAUGCUGGAAACCCUGAUAAAACGCCUUGGAAGGAUUCCAGCUGUGGACACCCUGUUUGCAAGCCGUGUUGCUGGUCCUGGACUUGGUUCAAACUUUUAUUAUCAGAUAACAGUUCCUCAGGCAUUAGCAUCCUUGGAACUGAGGAUUGAAGGGGAAGAACUUCGUGCAUAUGCUCAGCAAAUGGAGAAGCUCAUUCGUAAACCUCAGGAAGACCUUCGACGUUUCAUUCAGCAAGUAUUCCAGCCAUUCUCAGCCACUGUGACGUCAACAGGGAUUUAUCUCCAACUGGAGAAGGAAGCCAUGAUCCUCCUACAGACUCUGGAAGACCGAGUGCGAAGGAGAACCAAGGAGCUCACUCUGCAGCUCCCAGCCGAUAUUCGGAACCGUGUCCGAAUGCCUGAUUGGCAGCUGAAGCUGGCAUUACAUCAUGGUGCAUCAAUGCUGUGCCGCCAUUAUCCAAGCCGAGUGCUCAGUCGUCUGUCCACCCCACCCACUGAAUUCUGGGAGGAAAAAGGGCUCCUUGUGGAAGACUGGCCUGGUCUUGCUGCUCUCUUUUUUUCUGAGAUUUUCAGCCCUGGUUUCCUCUGUGUAUUAGAAGAUGGCGAGACACGGUUUCAGCUUGAGUCUCAUUUGGACCUGAGUCGUUUUGAGGUGGAAGCAACCCAUUUCCCAGAGGACAUGUCCAGUGUGAUGCUCACUUGCCACAAGCGCAAAAAUAUUACAAUUCACUCACCAUACCUGCACACUGAUUGCUUCAAUCCCACUGUCCGUCCAUUCCUGACUCGGAAAACACAAACCAGGAAGAGGACCGGGCCACUCAACAGCCGUACCAAGUUUGAGACAGAGAAGCAGAAGCUGAUGAUCCCUUUGCCAAUCCCACACCCAGUGCUCAUCUGUGCCCUCAUCUACAAUCGAGACAAUGAAGAGUCAGUGCCCCUGGAAUCUCGCAUCUGUCAGCACAUCAUGGCAGACCUGGAGCGCUCUCGACCAGCCAACGCACCUCCAACAGACAUCACCAGCAUGGACACAGAUGCACUUAGCAUCAUGACAAGUCAGCAGGUGAGCCAUCACAACCUCCACAGUGUCACAUUGAACCUUGUCUCCCCAAAUGAAGUAUCAGUUAAUGUCACUUCCCAUGGAGACACCAGAGCCCUUCGAGGGUAUGGAACUCUUGUUUGAGACAGGAACUCUGGGACCUCAAUUUCAUGUUUUUCCUCACUCCAAGGUGCAAUUGGCCCAACAGAGCCAACUAUAAGUGCAAUGAUUCCAACCACAUUGUGCAGGUGGAUUUAACAUUAAGAGUCAACCUCCACCAUCCUUACUUGUUUUUUGUGCCAUUCUUAUGUUCUAUAGUCUGUGAUUGUGGAGCGUUCCUCUCUUCUGCCUGAUGAUUUUUGAAUCUCAAAAGUAAAAGUCUCUUGUGUUCAUUUCGCAUGACAUGGUGAAGGACAUUUAAGUUUGAAAUUUUCAUUUCCCCUUCAUGUUUUAGGUGUAUUGCAUAUGUUAUGCAUUGGACCAUUAUUGUGUUAAACAUUGGACCAUUAUUUGUACUGUUGUUCAAUUGGUUUGUUGUCCUGAAAUGAUGCCAGGCAGCUACAAAUUUGAAAGACUUUGAAUAGACUAUUCAAUAAUAUAUUGUCCAAACUUUAUAUAGAUUUAGAACUUCAAGAUUACCAUCUUUCAGCUAAUUUUAGAGAGCAGUUUUAUGAUUGAAUAAACAGCACAUAGGUUCAUUCUGAAAUCUCAGAUACGCAGGCCUAGUCAUGCUGCAAAUACAUUCUUCCUACUAUUCUCGUCUCAAUAGACUUGAGUUUGUUGCAUUGUUCUGAAUCUGUUGAAUGACCUGUACCUGUAAGAUGAGGAUUAUUGUUGAACUCUGAAGACAGAGCCUAGGCAGAUGUGGAAGCACAAUUUUAUGUGAUAGCAUUACAGGAACACUGACUGCCGAUCAAGUAUCCUGCAUAUCCCACAUGGUUAUCAUUUGUCUGUGUGACAAAGUCUAGCACUGAUCACUCAUGCAAGUGAUAUGUCAGAACACAAAUGUGCAUGGAUGUCUAGCUUCCACUACUUUCUGAUGUUUGGUCUAGCUGCCCGUCCCCUCUUAGGUGUGACUGCCUUGUGAUUGAAGGCCACAGGAAUUGUGAAAAUAUAUUUGAUGAGGCCAUAGAAAGGGCAAUAAAGUAAUUGCUGAUGAGAGGAA